AUGGAGCAGAUUGAGAGUCAGGCUUUCGACCUGCAUCAGCUCACGCAGGCGUCCGUCCCCGUGCCUCUGAGCGACGCGACGCAGCGUCCCAGCCCAGGCGGUCCUGGUCCCGCGCUCGCGGCGGACCAUUCCGCACCGCACAGCGUCCACGACGGUGCGAGCGCCAACAUCGCCAACAACAACAAGAGAAAAUCGCUGGACGACGGGAGUGCGACGGGCGGUCAGGCUGGCAAGAACACGCGCAGCAAGAGGAAUAGGUACAUCUCGAUCGCAUGCAAUGAGUGCAAGCGCCGCAAGAUCAAGUGCAACGGCGAGACGCCAUGCCAGCGAUGCGGCAACCUGAACCUCGCCUGCCUCUACGCGCCCAAUUGCUGCUCCACCAACUUCAAAGACUCGGAGGAUUUCAAAAUAGUGUCGAGUCAGGUCGAUCGACUGCAGGAGCAGGUGGAAUGGCUGAACCACACCAUCAAGGCGCUCCAGGCUGAUUCGACACGACUUGCGCCCAUACAAGACCGACCGUUGCCGGCCAUCUCUCCAUCACCCUCGUACCAGUCGAACACGACCAGCCAGCCACCACAGCCGCAGUCGCAGCGACUGGAUCCGCCGCCCUUUGUACGCUAUGGAUCGUUCCGGGGCCCGACGAGCAUGGCGUACAGCCUGGAUGUCGCGAACAACACCAUUGCCAACAUGGGGUACAAGGGGAUAGAGGAGGGCGAGGACCAGAGCGCCCCAUCGACCUUUGACGAAGUGCACGUCACGACAGGCGACGCCGGGCGAACAGACCCACUUCUGGACUACACGAAAGAGGAAAUGAUACGGCUGUGCAGGCUUCACGAAGAGGAAAUUGGGAUCAUGUACCCGGUGCUGGACGUCCAAGAUGUGAUUGCUCAUGCGAGUAGCUUGCACGCCUUUAUCGACCUGCACCGUCACCAGCGCAGUCCGCUCUCCUUCAACGACGACAAGUCUCUAGAGUUGAAGAUGGUCAUGGCCUCGGCCCUGCUGGUGGAGGAGCACGGACAGAGCGACAAAGCCGUCCGGCUGUACGAAAGUGCGGAAAACGUGCUGAACCGCAAGCUCGUUUCCGAGCCAAGCAAGAUAUCGACCCUCCCACUGCUGGCGCUGAUGGCAGGCUAUCGGUUCCUCUCCAACGACGACGUGCUUGGGUGGAGGGUCAUGGGGCAGGUCACCCGGCUGUGCUUCGAGCUUGGCAUCCACCGAUAUGCUGGACUCAUGAAGAUUGGCGAUGAACAGGAGCGAAAGAAUGCGCUCAACAGUUUCUGGUCUGCGUAUGUACUGGACAGACGGUGGGCUUUUGCCACGGGCCUGCCAUAUGUGGUCCAGGACGACGAGAUUGAUCCUCAAUUGCCGAUGCCCGAGGACCACCCAUUUCUCGUUGCCAUGAUCUCAUAUUCCAGGCUCUGCGCCAAGGUAUGGCGCCAGGUCACCCACUUUGAACCUGUCCUCGCGCGUGAGCUACGGCAAGAGGAGCUGGAACGGCUGGACUCGGAGGUGCUGCAAUGGUACGAGACGGUGCCGGAAGAAGUCAGGGUGCGGAAUUGGAUGGCGGAACGGCGGCAUCUUACAUCGACGACGCCUUCGUAUAAUUUGCAGCGCUUGCGGAUCUGGACAUACCUACGGCUCAACCAGCUUCGCAUCUGGCUGUAUACCCCUGUCCUUUACAGCGCCACCAGUAUCAUGACGAAUCCGUUGCAAGCCCAGCGUGUUGUCGACCUGGCACGAGACACAAUACAAUAUUUGCACCACCUGAACAGCACCACAGACCUGUACCGCAAGGUGCAAGUCUUCUAUCAUCAAUUCAUCACGUCAGCCAUUUCAGCUGUCUUCCUGGCCUCUGUGCACGCACCCGUUCGGUUUAGUGCCGUGUGCCGCGAGGAGUUCUAUCUGGCACUCGAGCUAGUCAAGCACCUGUCCGCCAAGAGCUGGGUAUCGCAGCGGUUAUGGCGGACAAUCCGAUCCCUCAAAGAUGUUGCGCCGCGAUUCGGCCUGAACCCGGAUGACGAUGCGCACUCGACGGCGGCCCUUGGUAUGAUCGGCCUCGCGCGAGGCCACAUGGACGGCAGCUCCGCCAGCCAGUCCCCCUAUCAACGGGCUCCGCCUCAGGUCCCAGCUCGCCCGCAGCAGCCGCCUCAGGCGGGCGACAAUGGGUCCAUGCUGCAAAGCGAAAUGUCGAGGAUGUUUGAGGGAUACGUCGGGCUCAACGGUGUGCAGCAGCAACAGUCGGUGAAUGACGAGCAAGGGGGCUCGGCGAGGCCAGGUUCGGAGAUGCAGAGCCCUGGGUCGGGGACUGUAUAUGGAUCUGACGGGACUGUGUUCCCUCAGCUGAGGGAGAUGUUCUGA